UAGAGAUCGUCGCCCAAGCGCGCGGUUCCUUACUCUCUCAGCCUCAGACCAGGCAGACUAGCUUUGGGGAGCGAAGAGGGUACGCAGUCACCCCGCAAUGUCUGGUGAGUUAGGUCCGCCACAGGCCGGCCCGUCACGUGCUGGGCAUGAUUCGCCAAACGCGGAGAGAAAUCGUAUUGGGGUCCCGGGAGGUGUGAUCCGAAGGGCCGGUGCCACGCGGCGCAGGUCCUGGAUCCAAAAGGUUCUUGAGCAAAUAACAGAUUCACCUCGCCAGUGGGUCACCCCUUCGGAGGUUGUGCCUGUCGCUGUUUUGGCCGUCCAGAGGUACCUGUUAGAGGAUGAGCCACGCGACGUGGAACCUAAACCUCCGCUUUACUGCUAUGAUGUGACCAUCUCGGACGGGGUGUACCAGGAGAAGUGCUACCUGGAUCCCAGCCUGAAUUCUCUCGUAUAUAAAAAUAUUCUCAAAGUUGGCAUAGAAAUGAAAAUUUCGAGAGUCUCGUGCAUUUACAACGAGAAAAGAUUAGGCCAGGGGAUCCUGUGCAUAGAUAGCGUCCACUGCGGGGAGACCUUGGAGGCUAUUUCUUUAGAAACUCCCUUUAGAAAUAGAGCGCACCGGGAGGUACCCGAGAGGCCAUUGAGGGGCGGAAAGAGUCAUUACCUGGCCCUGUGGAAUAACGAAGAUCCGUACGGAGAUAUCUGGUUAACCAACAAGCAGCCCGAGGAGCACAACUUUAACAAUACCAGAAUAAUUUCCCUUUCUCACCUUGAAAUGACGUGGUCUAACAGAAGGAAUUUUCCUGCUUUGCUUGUGAGAAUCUUGCAUAAGUCAAAACUGCGAUACUAUGGAAAACCUGAUAGAAAGAUGAUUGAGCCAUACCAGACAUUUUUGGAAGUCGCUGACAGUUCAGGCACAGUGUCUGUGAUUAUGUGGAAUGCCUUGUGUCCUGAGUGGUAUAAAAGUUUGCGUGUUGGUUUAGUUCUUCUACUUCAAGAUUAUUCUGUUAAAAAGAGUUACCCAUUCAGGAUGCAGCCUCUCCCCGUGGAUCCACAUAUCAAACUAAUUUCUACAAUGGAAAUCUGCCUGAACCUUCGAGAUCCUCCAACUAACAUAAUUAUCAUUCCAGAAAGGCAGGUGAAACCAGAAUGGAGGUUGCCAAAGUUAUAUCACCGCUUUAUCACCAGAUCAGAACUGGAUGAUAUGCCAGGAAAUCGUAUCUGUGAUGUUAUUGGCAUUUUAGUUUUUGUAGGAAGAGUCCAGCGGUCAAAAAAGAAGGAAAGCCGUGAAGAUUUUUGGUCAUAUCGCUGGAUUCACAUUGCUGACGGAACUUCAGAACAGCCAUUUAUAGUGGAACUGUUUUCUACAUCUCAGCCAGAAAUCUUUGAAAAUAUUUACCCAAUGACCUAUUUCAUCUGCACACAGUUGAAAGUUGUCAGAAAUGACACUCAAGUACCGAAACUGCUUUACCUCACCACUACAAAUGAAAGUCGAGUGUUUAUUACUGGUCAUAGAGGCCAGCCGUAUACCAACAAUACCAAGGUAAAAAACUUUAUUCAGUGGAUUAAAACAAAGACCGAUUCUGGGGAAGUGAAGAAUACUGUUAUUGGUGGAUAUUACCCCUAUCCACCAGUGCCAGAGACCUUUUCCAAGUAUAGUAGUUCUGUUAAAGUUGAGUCGCUCUUGACAGCUAUAAGUGAAGUGAGGAAGGAGAUUGAAGACUUGCAGUAUAGGGAACAAAAGCGCAUUGCAAUUCAGGGAAUAAUUACUGUUAUAAAGUAUGUCCCCCAUAGAAUUCCAACUGAAAGUGCCUCAGCAUCCGAAACACCACGGAAUGCUAACCGACCCUCAACAUCCCAAGCAGCUAAAAGAGAAAGUCAGAAUCAGGAAAGAAAUGGUAAACAUUAUCCAGAUGAUGGUCCUUUGGCUUCUCAAGGUAUUCAUACUGCAUCUGGAAGUUUGAGCCCUACCAAGAAAAAAAGAAUUGUACAAGGGCCUUCUGACAAACCAGUUACUGUGCCUCAGCCAGAAACUUCUGCAGAAUCAAAAGGAAAUAAACCAACCACAUCAAGCAACGUCCAACGUCGAGGAAGCACAGGCAUUGGCGUCCAAGGGAAAGCCAGAAAAACUAUAAGUGAUAGAUGGGAAAGCCUGCUGUGGAGAGAGAAAAAGUUCGGCUUAAUAGAUCACCUACGUUACAGCUCUGUUCAUCCUGAAAGUAUUCCACGGAAAUUUAUUUUUGAACACAGAAAUUUUCUUACCCAGCAGUAUAAUUCUCAGCCUGCAAAAUAUAUACCACCAGAAGGAAGACCCCCAAAACUUGAUGACUUUAAGAGUGCCCGAAGUCUUGGACAUUUUGAAAUAACCAUCUUAGGUCUGAACCACGAGAUAGCAAUCGAUGUUGCAUUCCUCCCCAUGUAUUCUCCAGAAGACAUCCGAACAUCUCAAAUAGACACAUUAUUAACCUGCAUGAAUUACAGCUGUGUGUUUCCACAGGAAGGGCCUAGCACUGACAAAGUGCGAGGUCCAAGAGCACUUGCAGGUGAUAUUAUAAAAGCAGCAACUGAACUGGAUAGAGUGCAUAUCGUCUGUAUCUUGGAUAUUUGUAGUUUGGGUAACAAUAAAGCAGAGGUCUAUUUGCAGAAAAUUUAUAGACCUGAUAAUCCUUCUUAAAAAUUGUCAAAUGAAAUUAUUAAAGGGCAUUGCUUGAAAGACAUUCUGUCAUUUUGUUGGUAGUUUCAG